UCAGACAAACACUGGUGUACAGUUGAUUGGUUUCUAUUUAGAGAAAUGGGUAUGAAAUGCGAUGACGAUCAAAUUACUCCAAUUUACAGUGAACAUCCAGUAUUAGACCUGCCAUCUUGCAGUUUAAUCUCAAGUUAUCAGUUUCUUGGCAAAAGCGCAAAACAACACGCUUUGUUACUAAGUGGAAAUAAUCCCUCGCUGAUGAGGAGCUUUCCACAAGGUCUUAAAAUUCAGGUAUGUACAUGUAGUUUUCGUGAUGGUAGAGUUCAGGUUACCGCCUCAUGUAAGGCAAUCCAAGACAAUCUUAGAAUCAGGAUUCAACUCUGUGGAUUCAGAAUUCCUUGUCCGUGGAACUUGGAUUUCAAUCGUUAGCGGGUUUCCGGAUCCCAUAAACUGAAUCACGGAUUCCAAAGCCCUAAGCUUCCGGAUUCCACAAGCAAGAAUUUCCUGGAUUCCUAAUGGGGCGGCGGUAAAACGUUCUCCGCAAAUAGACUGAUAACCAAUCAAAUAAACCAAUUUCUAUCGAUGUUAAUUUUUAAAUUAAUGACAAGCAAACAAACCAACUCUAAACAGCCUUUCAAAAAAUAUACCCCGUACAAUGCAGACCUGUCAAGCUAUUAAAUGUGUUAGAUUACUAUCUUUAUGUUUCUGUCUUCUCUGUUUAAUUUCGUAAGAGUAUAUCGCAGGUUAUAUACACAAAUGGCCUGCAAUUUUCUCUGCGUCGGUUUUUUAGAGUAUCUUUAUUUUCAAAUAGAGUUUUCAGUCGCUGAGAUUUUCACAUCUUACAGCGACCCUCGUUGCACUAACGGUCUUUAGGAGUUGCAACUUAGGGAGACUGAAGAAAACGAGAAAUCUCGUCGGGGUUGUCUUCUUUCUAAAAUAUAGCAUAACAGUUUCUAAAUACUUAAUUAACCAGGGCGUUUGAACUAACAUAGAUAGUUUUUUUUUUCAGUCAUUUUACUACAAGGACGAUGAAUGGAUGUUUGUGUGCAGCUUUUCCGCACCUGUUGCAGCUCGGUAUGUGCAGUUCGUCUGCAAUGCAAAGGGAAACAUCACAUGCUUGCAAAGAAUAUCAGUGAAUGGCUGUCCAGUAGGUAUGCCUGUACAUUAUUGUGUAUAUGCUGAGAAAAAAUGCGGUACUUUGACUUGCAAUCACAGUUGAAAGGGCAAGGUACUUUUCCAAUAAGCCUGAAAUUUGGCUUUUUUGUUGGCUAUUAGCCACCAACUAUCUGGGUCUACACUUAAUUCCAUCCGCCAAACUGACGUUGACACAUUAAUGAUUCGUACACAAAGUAGGGUUAGGGUUUGGGUUAGGGUGAGGGUUAGGGUUAUAUAUUUAAAUCAAACUGGUAUUCGUCACCAAAUCCUCGGUGGUGUAUUUGGGAUGCUAUUCUAUCCUGAAUUUUUCUUAAAAACGAAGACACUUUGACUUUUAUGAACAUUCCAAAGAUUGUCCAAAUGUUGCCCUUGAUGUGCUCCAUUUGCUCUACCGAAUAACGAAAAAUUCUUAACUAAAUAUAUCAAGUCGAGUCGAUUACAACUGAACUAAUUUGUUCAUUAAUUUAUUCACUUUCUCAAUUAAUUUAUUGAAUGUAUUUUUAAUAUUUAAGAGGAAUCUUGGUGCGAAGAGCAAUCAUUCAAGACAAAGAUUGAGGAGUAUGAAAUCAGACGAAACUUUUUCCACAGUAAUCUAGGAAAAGCUCUACUCAAGGCCACCAUGGCUUCAAUUGUCACUCCAAUUGUGAUGUUUCUUGUUGGAAGAUACAACUUGGACGGAAGGUUAGUUAAU